AUGACACAGAACAAUCGUGCGGGCAACAAAAACGGCUUAGGUCGUAUUUGCAGUUCUAUGCUUGGCAUUUGUAUUCCAAAGAAAGAACGAAGCGAAAAAAAUACUCCUAUCAGACCUGCUAGAAGCGUGAAAGAACAGAGGCCAAAUUUAACUUUAGAGCCUGCUCGUUCCAAUUUUAGUGAAGCGUUUCCCUCUCAAUUACAGGAUAGCACAACCCCUCAUGGUACUCCUAAAUUCAAAAACCAUUCUUUCUUUAGAAAUAACGUUGAUUCCUCAAACAACCAACAACCUUCAUCCCCUCUAUCUCCUCUAUCUCCUCAACCGGCUACUUUAGACUCAAAGGAUGUUGCUUCCGUUUCUUUGGCACAACCGGACACAGUGCAGCAGGUUACUGAGGAUAGUUCUUCACCUUUACCAUCCCAGUCACUCCAAGCGACUCCAGGUACUAAAGAAAAUAAUUCCUUAAUGCUUAAGGAGGAGUCGCCGCCGCAAUUGUUUUCUACUUCUGCAAAAAAUAACGACGAGACUGAAACCUCCCAACUGUAUACCAAAUCUAUGAACGAUGAUUCAACUCCUGUGUCUAAUGCAGAGUUUGAAUUGCUUCCUAGUAAUUUUACUGAAGAAAAGGUAACCGAAGGAACAGAUUCUAGCAAAUUGAAGGACGACUUUUCUGCUUCGGGAUUGGGGGACACAGAAGCGACACCUACUAAUUACCCUGAACAACACUCAUCUAGUUUUGUACCUUCUGACACUCAGUUCGACAGAAAUACGGCAUCCGAGCCGGCAAACCAAUUGAGAUCAUCAAUUUCAUCGCAUGAAACUGUUGUACCCCAGUCUGUGGAUGCACGGACGGAAAACAAACACAAUGCAGAAAGUCAAGAUAUGACGAAGGAUCAGUCCAAGCCCAAACAUUCUCUUAAUUCCUCUACAGUAAAGGGAAUGAACAAUACCAAAAACACAGAAGGAUUUGAUCCGACUGCUGUUGGCGAUACUGAAAGCAAUUCAAAGGAACAGCCAUCAAAAAAUAAUUGUGGUGCCGAUGUUGAGGAAUUAAACGAGCGGUCUACAUUACCGAACGAAGUGGAACCAGAUGGUGCAUGGAAUGCUCCUCUUCCAUUUCCCAGUCCUCAUUGUCACUUGAAACCUCAGUACCUGGACAAAGACUUAACUGAAGAGCAAAAGAGUAUGUAUAACGAAGUUCUUAUCUAUUGCAAAGAUUUGAAAGGAAUUCCUGUUUCUUCCAAAUCGGAUGAAACGGAAGAAUUGUCAGAUGUUGAAAAAUACUUCCUUACUAGAGAAUGCAUUUUGAGAUUUUUACGUGCUACAAAGUGGAACGCAGCUGCUACCAAAAAACGCAUUCUUGAUACUCUUGUAUGGCGUCGUCAGUUUGGUGUCAACAAUAUGGAUCCUAAUGAGGUACAGGAGGAAAAUGCCACCGGAAAGCAGGUUUUAUUAGGUUAUGAUAAAGAUGGUCGUCCUUGCUUGUAUUUGUACCCUGGUAGACAAAACACCAAGACUUCCCCUCUGCAAAUUCGUCAUUUAGUUUUUUCUCUUGAAUGUGCUAUUGAGUUGAUGCCGCCAGGUGUGGAAACUUUGGCUUUAUUAAUUAAUUUUAAAGCUUCUUCCUCUCGAUCCAAUCCCAGUGUUGGCCAAGGAAAGGAAGUCCUUAAUAUUCUACAGACUCAUUAUUGUGAGCGUCUUGGUAAGGCGUUGGUUAUCAAUAUUCCCUGGGCUGUCUGGGGCUUUUUCAAAUUAAUAUCGCCAUUUAUAGACCCGAUUACACGAGAGAAGCUCAAAUUCAAUGAACCUUUGGACCGCUAUGUCCCCAUGGAUCAGCUUGACACAAACUUUGGAGGCUCUCUGAAAUUUGAGUACUUCCAUGAAAAGUAUUGGCCUAAAAUUGUAGAAAUAUGUAAAACCCGUCGUCAAACCGGGCUUCAACGAUGGAAAAAUUUGGGUUCAAAAAUUGGAACUAGUGAAUGGGAUAUAAAGGGAGGAAAUGAUUAUAUAAACGACAUGCAAAUUUAUAUUCGUCCCGGACUCAAUAAUCGUUCCGGUUCAACGACAAUGAACGAGGAAAAACAAGAGGAAUCAUCUAUGAAAUCCAAGGAUUCGGAUUCUAAAAAAAAGGAAUCUGGAAACUUAAAUGGAGAGAAGGAUGAUUUUGGAACCUAUGUGAAUAAUGAACGUCGCCAGGAGACGGAAGCUUUGCAUAAUAGAAACAUGUCUAUGACUAGUGAUGCUGGGUCGUUUGUAACUGCAGAUGGUAUGGAUUGA